AAGAAUUAACGACGUCGAUCAAAUACAAGACAAAAAUAAAAUGUUGUCUACCUACCAACACAUGAUUUUUAUGCAGAAUGUGUGUUGACUUGCUGUGCCUAAUUUUUAUGCAGAAAAACAUGUAGGUUGAUGGUUAGUUCUUUCUUAAAAAUAAUCUUGAACAAUCGAGGCAGCUGAGCAAAGAUCUAUUCUGUGACAAGGGAAGAAGUGAAAAGAGUUAACAGUUAAGACAACAGAAUUUUGAGUGAAGCUUGAAAAUAGAUAUAUUUCAUUUAACGAGAGGUGAAUAUGUGGUCGCUGUGCAGAAAAAGAUUAUUGAAAAAUGCGAAGAUAACACCAAUUUUAUCAAAAACACUGUCUACAACAACAUGUGCAAGAAACGAACUCCAAAUUCAAAAUGGCAGCAUAAAAAAUAUUACUGUAGUAGGUGGAGGUAUAAUGGGCUCUGGCAUAGCCCAAGUCAGUGCACAAAGUGGAUUUAAAGUUGUUGUAGUUGAUACUGAUGAAUACACACAGUCUUGCAUGGUAUCAAUUAUAAAAUCUUUGAACAUUAUAGCUAAGAAAAAGUUUCCUGAUGAACCAAAAGGGGGCAGAAAAUUUAUAGACGAUGUUUUAAAUAAUAUUAAAACCACUCAGCAUUUAGAAAAUGGAUUGCAAAACACUGAUUUAGUUGUGGAGGCUGUCUUAGAAAAUCUUCCCAUCAAGCAGGAAAUAUUUAAAAAAAUUGAUGAAAUUACUGCCAACAAAGAUGUAAUUUUCGCUUCCAACACAUCGUCACUAAGUAUUGACGAAAUUGGAAAAUAUAUUUCUUAUCCUGAACGAUUCGCAGGUCUUCACUUUUUUAACCCAGUUUGGAAAAUGAAAUUAACAGAAGUUGUGAAAGCAUCAAAAACUUCCAAUGCGACCAUGGACAAGCUUACUGCUUUCUCCAAAGAUCUUGGAAAGACACCAGUGAUUAGUUACGACAAUCUAGGCUUUAUCGUGAAUAGGCUAAUGGUACCAUAUUUAAUGGAAAGUUUGCGUUUUUUAGAACGUGGACAUGCCUCUGUUAAAGACAUAGAUACUGCAAUGAGAUUAGGAGCAGGAUACCCAAUGGGACCAUUUGAAAUCAUUGAUAUCAUUGGCCUUGAUAUAGUGAAAUCUAUUGUUGAUGGUUGGCACAGCAAAGAGCCGGAAAAUCCCUUAUUUUUCCCAAGUGAGAUAUUAAAUAACUUAGUACUUGAACAGAAGCUGGGACGAAAAACUGGAAUUGGUUUCUACAAGUACAAACAUACAAUGUAUUAAAGUAUUUAUUUCUGUGCGAAAUUAUAAUCUGUAUCAAAGUAUUUUUUUCUGUUUAUUCCAUACUUAUUUGAUAGGAAGUCUAAUAUGUAUAUAUAAAAAGUAUAUUCAUAACAAAUGUAAAAUAAGCCUUGUAUUGUGCCUUACUCCUA